CGCUCGGCUGUCCUGCCUGAAGUGAGGGCAGAGAGUGGGGAAACCCCCUCUGGUUGUUGGGUCCCCCGGGAAAAGAGGCAAGAUGGUCAGGCCCCCAGUGCUGGGCUGGAGUCAUCUGAAGUCCUCAAGCCUGUCUCUCCUGGCCAAGCAGAUAUGGGGCACCCUCCGUAGCCACUUGCUAAGGCCAGCGCGAUGUUGCUCACAGGUUCCCUGUGCACGGAGAAGGAGAAAUGACGCUUUGCACCCCGUCUGGAAGGGUCCAGUCUCCAUGCCAGGGGGCACCCGGCAGUCCCCCAUCAACAUCCGCUGGAGGGACAGUGUCUACGAUCCCCAACUGAAGCCCCUGGGGGUCUUCUACAAGGCGGAGGCCUGCCUGUAUGUCUGGAACACCGGCUACCUCUUCCAGGUGGAAUUCGACGACUCCACCGAGGGGUCAGGAAUCAGCGGUGGCCCCUUGGAAAACCACUACAGACUAAAGCAGUUCCACUUCCACUGGGGAGCAGUGAACGAGUGGGGCUCAGAGCACACGGUGGACGAUCACGUGUACCCCGCAGAGCUGCACUUGGUUCACUGGAACGCUGUGAAAUACCAGAACUACACAGACGCCGUGACUGGAGCUGACGGCUUGGCCGUGGUAGGCGUAUUUUUAAAGCUGGGGGCCCGCCACAAAGAGCUGCAGGAGCUGGUGACAGUCUUGCCAGACAUAAAGCACAAGGACGCGCGAGCAGCCCUGGGCCCCUUCCAGCCCUCCUGCCUGCUGCCUGCCUGCCGGGACUACUGGACAUACCCGGGCUCCCUGACCACGCCGCCACUGUCCGAGUCAGUCACCUGGAUCAUCCACAAGAAGCCCAUUGAGGUGGCUCAGGACCAGCUGGCCGCGUUUCGUUCACUUCUGUUUUCUGUGCCUGGUGAAGAAGAGAAGGCGAUGGUAAACAACUACCGCCCACUCCAGCCCCUGAUGAACCGGAAGGUCCGUUCCUCCUUCCAGGCCACUCACGAGGGAGCAAGACUCUAAAUUCACUCUGUCCACGCUAACAGGUAGAACUGACUUUAGCAAGAGAAAGUAUUGUUUCCUGGGCUUCACGGUCCCAUCGUGUGUAACCUUUGAAAUUAAAAAGAAAGCAAAAGGUUAUGAUUUCCAUCAAUGUGCUUGGCAGUUGCAAGGAAAAAAAUGGCUUCAAAGAAGCUUGAGCAUCC